UAAGACAGUAACAAAUAUUAGGUAGAUCGCGUUGUAAAAAUAUUAAGCUAAUAUAUAUUUCGUUACUUGUAUUUAAUAUUAUUGAAUAUGUAAUAGAAUACCUAAUUAAGAGAUUAAGUUAUUACCGAAGUUUUCAAUCAAUUUCAACUUCCAAAUUUGAGAAGCAUCGUAUUGCAAAAUUUUUAUUUAAUCACGAUACCAUAAAAUCAAAAAAGGACAAAGACUUAUGGCUAAUAUUACUUAAUGCAUAUCACUUAAUGCAAAGUGCAUUUUAAAUGAAGUUGUCAAAGCAAAUACAGAAAAAUUAUUAUUAUAAAAUAGUUUGCGAUAUUCUAAAAUAUAGAAGUAUAAUAUGAAACCUAAAGUUACUGUUCCUGAAUGUCUGAAUGGUUCCAUCACAAAUGAUCGCACAUCAAUUGAAAAUGACAUCAUUGCUCAACAAUUUAUUAAGAAUGUAGUAUCUAAAACAAGUACAGAAUACGAAGAGUACUCUGUUAUAACAUUAGAAAAUUAUACCAUAAAAACGGAACCGGAAAUAAAUGUUUCUAAAACUCUAGUUAGUGGUAUUGUAGAUGAUCGGUCGUGUCUCGGAAUUGGCGAUAUUGUACAUAUAAUAAAAGAUAAAGUAACUAAACUAACCACAAAGCCAUUAUUAAAAAAUAAUUCUGUUUCAAAAAAACAUAAACGUACACAUAAAAAAAACAGACAUUUUAAUUGUGAUAUUUGUGGGAAGAAAUGUUCGUCACUAUGUUGGUUGAAAAUUCAUCGCCGCUCUCACACUGGAGAAAGACCUUACUCAUGCACUGAAUGUAAUCAAACUUUUUCUGAUAAGAGAGCACUUAACAUUCAUAUGAAGUUACAUUCAGGUGAAAAGCCUUACACAUGCCCUCAAUGUAAAAAAAGUUUUGCUGUUAAAACAUAUCUCUAUCGUCAUAUGAGACGACAUACUGGUGUAAAACCUUACGCAUGCACUGAAUGUAAAAAAUCCUUUACUCGUAAUGAAACACUUAAACGACAUAUGAGACGACAUACUGGUGAAAAACCUUUUACAUGCAUUGAAUGUGAGAAACGUUAUUCCUCUCAAAACUCGUUUAAUCUUCACAUGAGGCUACAUACUGGUGAAAAACCAUACAAAUGCACUGAAUGUCAAGAAUGUUUUCCUCGUAAAGAAGGACUCAAUAUUCAUAUGAGGCAACAUACGGGAGAAGAACCUUAUAAGUGCACUGAAUGUAAUAAAACUUUCUUGGUUAAGAGUAAAUGCGACCAACAUAUGAAGGAACAUUUUGGUCCAAAACCGUACGCUUGUACUCAAUGUAACCAAAGUUUUACUUUUAAGCAUGCAUUCAAUUGUCAUAUAAUGCGACACACCGGUGAGAAACCUUACACAUGCACUGAAUGUAAACAAGGUUUUAUUCUUAAGGGGGCAUUGAAAAUUCAUAUGAGACGACAUACUGGAGAGAAACCUUACUCAUGCAAGGAAUGUAGUCGAAAUUUUUCUACUACGAGCUCGCUUAAUCGUCAUAUGGCUAAACAUACUGGUAAGAAACUCCACUCAUGCACUGAAUGUGAUCGAAGUUUUCCUCGUAAAGAUUCUCUCGAUAUUCAUAUGAGGUGUCAUACUGGUGAAAAGCCAUACAAAUGCACUGAAUGUCAAGAAUAUUUUCCUAGUAAAGAAGCACUCGAUAUUCAUAUGAGGCAGCAUACAGAAGAAGAACCUUAUAAGAGCACUGACUGUAAUAAAACUUUCUUGGUUAAGAGCAAACGCGAACAACAUAUGAGGGAACAUUUUAUUUCAAAGCCGUACGCUUGUACUCAAUGUAACCAAAGUUUUACUGUUAAGCACGCAUUCAAUUGUCAUAUGAGACGACAUACCGGUGAAAAAUCUCAUAAAACUAAAAAGGAACUUAAACAGCAUAUCGGAAUUCAUGUAUGUGAAAACACACAAAAAAAGAUGGCCCAGGAACUGGAAACUAAUGUUUCUGAAACUCUAGUUAGUGGUAUUGUAGGUGAUCGUUCAUGUCUCGGAAUUGGCGAUGUUGCACAAAUAAUAAAAGAUAAAGUAACUGAACCAACCACAAAGCCGUUAUUAAAAAAUAAUUCUGUUUCGAAAAAACAUAAACGUACACUUAAAAAAGACAGACAUUGUAAUUGUGAUAUUUGUGGGAAGAAAUGUUCGUCACUAUAUUAUUUGAAAAUUCAUCGCCGCUCUCACACUGGAGAAAGACCUUACUCAUGCACUGAAUGUAAUCAAACUUUUUCUGAUAAGAGCGCACUUAACAUUCAUAUGAAGUUACAUUCAGGUGAAAAGCCUUACACAUGCCCUCAAUGUAAAAAAAGUUUUGCUGUUAAAACAUAUCUCUAUCGUCAUAUGAGACGACAUACUGGUGUAAAACCUUACGCAUGCACUGAAUGUAAAAAAUCUUUUACUCGUAAUGAAACACUUAAACGACAUAUGAGACGACAUACUGGUGAAAAACCUUUUACAUGCACUGAAUGUGAGAAACGUUAUUCCUGUCAAAAGUCGCUUAAUCUUCACAUGAGGCUACAUACUGGUGAAAAGCCAUACAAAUGCACUGAAUGUCAAGAAUGUUUUCUUCGUAAAGAAGGACUCAAUAUUCAUAUGAGGCAACAUACGGGAGAAGAACCUUAUAAGUGCACUGAAUGUAAUAAAACUUUCUUGGUUAAGAGCAAACGCGACCAACAUAUGAGGGAACAUUUUGGUCCAAAACCGUACGCUUGUACUCAAUGUAACCAAAGUUUUACUUUUAAGCACGCAUUCAAUUGUCAUAUAAUGCGACACACCGGUGAGAAACCUUACACAUGCACUGAAUGUAAACAAUCUUUUACUCGUAAUGAAACACUUAAACGACAUAUGAGACGACAUACUGGUGAAAAACCUUUUACAUGCACUGAAUGUGAGAAACGUUAUUGCUCUCAAAAGUCGCUUAAUCUUCACAUGAGGCUACAUACUGGUGAAAAGCCAUACAAAUGCACUGAAUGUCAAGAAUGUUUUGCUCGUAAAGAAGGACUCAAUAUUCAUAUGAGGCAGCAUACGGGAGAAGAACCUUAUAAGUGCACUGAAUGUAAUCAAGCUUUUUCUGAUAAGAGCUCACUUAACAUUCAUAUGAAGUUACAUUCAGGUGAAAAGCCUUACACAUGCCCUCAAUGUAAAAAAAGUUUUGCUGUUAAAACAUAUCUCUAUCGUCAUAUGAGACGACAUACUGGUGUAAAACCUUACGCAUGCACUGAAUGUAAACAAUCUUUUACUCGUAAUGAAACACUUAAACGACAUAUGAGACGACAUACUGGUGAAAAACCUUUUACAUGCACUGAAUGUGAGAAACGUUAUUGCUCUCAAAAGUCGCUUAAUCUUCACAUGAGGCUACAUACUGGUGAAAAGCCAUACAAAUGCACUGAAUGUAAAGAAUGUUUUGCUCGUAAAGAAGGACUCAAUAUUCAUAUGAGGCAACAUAUUGGAGAAGAACCUUAUAAGUGCACUGAAUGUAAUCAAGCUUUUUCUGAUAAGAGCUCACUUAACAUUCAUAUGAAGUUACAUUCAGGUGAAAAGCCUUACACAUGCCCUCAAUGUAAAAAAAGUUUUGCUGUUAAAACAUAUCUCUAUCGUCAUAUGAGACGACAUACUGGUGUAAAACCUUACGCAUGCACUGAAUGUAAACAAUCUUUUACUCGUAAUGAAACACUUAAACGACAUAUGAGACGACAUACUGGUGAAAAACCUUUUACAUGCACUGAAUGUGAGAAACGUUAUUCCUGUCAAAAGUCGCUUAAUCUUCACAUGAGGCUACAUACUGGUGAAAAGCCAUACAAAUGCACUGAAUGUCAAGAAUGUUUUCCUCGUAAAGAAGGACUCAAUAUUCAUAUGAGGCAACAUACGGGAGAAGAACCUUAUAAGUGCACUGAAUGUAAUAAAACUUUCUUGGUUAAGAGUAAAUGCGACCAACAUAUGAAGGAACAUUUUGGUCCAAAACCGUACGCUUGUACUCAAUGUAACCAAAGUUUUACUUUUAAGCAUGCAUUCAAUUGUCAUAUAAUGCGACAUACCGGUGAGAAACCUUACACAUGCACUGAAUGUAAACAAGGUUUUAUUCUUAAGGGGGCAUUGAAUGUUCAUAUGAGACGACAUACUGGAGAGAAACCUUACUCAUGCAAGGAAUGUAGUCGAAAUUUUUCUACUACGAGCUCGCUUAAUCGUCAUAUGGCUAAACAUACUGGUAAGAAACUCCACUCAUGCACUGAAUGUGAUCGAAGUUUUCCUCGUAAAGAUUCUCUCGAUAUUCAUAUGAGGUGUCAUACUGGUGAAAAGCCAUACAAAUGCACUGAAUGUCAAGAAUAUUUUCCUAGUAAAGAAGCACUCGAUAUUCAUAUGAGGCAGCAUACAGAAGAAGAACCUUAUAAGAGCACUGACUGUAAUAAAACUUUCUUGGUUAAGAGCAAACGCGAACAACAUAUGAGGGAACAUUUUAUUUCAAAGCCGUACGCUUGUACUCAAUGUAACCAAAGUUUUACUGUUAAGCACGCAUUCAAUUGUCAUAUGAGACGACAUACCGGUGAAAAAUCUCAUAAAACUAAAAAGGAACUUAAACAGCAUAUCGGAAUUCAUGUAUGUGAAAACACACAAAAAAAGAUGGCCCAGGAACUGGAAACUAAUGUUUCUGAAACUCUAGUUAGUGGUAUUGUAGGUGAUCGUUCAUGUCUCGGAAUUGGCGAUGUUGCACAAAUAAUAAAAGAUAAAGUAACUGAACCAACCACAAAGCCGUUAUUAAAAAAUAAUUCUGUUUCGAAAAAACAUAAACGUACACUUAAAAAAGACAGACAUUGUAAUUGUGAUAUUUGUGGGAAGAAAUGUUCGUCACUAUAUUAUUUGAAAAUUCAUCGCCGCUCUCACACUGGAGAAAGACCUUACUCAUGCACUGAAUGUAAUCAAACUUUUUCUGAUAAGAGCGCACUUAACAUUCAUAUGAAGUUACAUUCAGGUGAAAAGCCUUACACAUGCCCUCAAUGUAAAAAAAGUUUUGCUGUUAAAACAUAUCUCUAUCGUCAUAUGAGACGACAUACUGGUGUAAAACCUUACGCAUGCACUGAAUGUAAAAAAUCUUUUACUCGUAAUGAAACACUUAAACGACAUAUGAGACGACAUACUGGUGAAAAACCUUUUACAUGCACUGAAUGUGAGAAACGUUAUUCCUGUCAAAAGUCGCUUAAUCUUCACAUGAGGCUACAUACUGGUGAAAAGCCAUACAAAUGCACUGAAUGUCAAGAAUGUUUUCUUCGUAAAGAAGGACUCAAUAUUCAUAUGAGGCAACAUACGGGAGAAGAACCUUAUAAGUGCACUGAAUGUCAAGAAUGUUUUCCUCGUAAAGAAGGACUCAAUAUUCAUAUGAGGCAACAUACGGGAGAAGAACCUUAUAAGUGCACUGAAUGUAAUAAAACUUUCUUGGUUAAGAGUAAAUGCGACCAACAUAUGAAGGAACAUUUUGGUCCAAAACCGUACGCUUGUACUCAAUGUAACCAAAGUUUUACUGUUAAGCACGCAUUCAAUUGUCAUAUGAGGCGACAUACCGGUGAAAAAUCUCAUAAAACUAAAAAGGAACUUAAACAGCAUAUCGGAAUUCAUGUAUGUGAAAACACACAAAAAAAGAUGGCCCAGGAACUGGAAACUAAUGUUUCUGAAACUCUAGUUAGUGGUAUUGUAGGUGAUCGUUCAUGUCUCGGAAUUGGCGAUGUUGCACAAAUAAUAAAAGAUAAAGUAACUGAACCAACCACAAAGCCGUUAUUAAAAAAUAAUUCUGUUUCGAAGAAACAUGAACUUACACAUAAAAAAGACAGACAUUGUGAGUGUGAUAUUUGUGGGAAAUAUUUUUUUUCACUAUAUUGGUUGAAAAUCCAUCGCCGCUCUCACACUGGAGAAAGACCUUACUCAUGCACUGAAUGUAAUCAAACUUUUUCUGUGAAGAGCUCACUUAACAUUCAUAUGAAGUUACAUACUGGUGAAAAGCCUUACAAAUGCCCUGAAUGUAAAUUAAGUUUUGCUGUUAAAACAUAUCUCAACCGUCAUAUGAUAGGACAUACUGGUGUAAAACCUUACACAUGCACUGAAUGUAAACAAUCUUUUGCUCGUAAGGAAACACUUAAAUAUCAUAUGAAAACACAUACUGGUGAAAAACCUUUUACAUGCACUGAAUGUGAGAAACGUUGUUCCUCCCAAAAGUUGCUUAAUCUUCACAUGAGGCUACAUACUGGUGAAAAACCGUACAAAUGCACUGAAUGUCAAGAAUGUUUUCCUCGUAAAGAAGGACUCAAUAUUCAUAUGAGGCAACAUACGGGAGAAGAACCUUAUAAGUGCACUGAAUGUAAUAAAACUUUCUUGGUUAAGAGCAAACGCGACCAACAUAUGAGGGAACAUUUUGGUCCAAAACCGUACGCUUGUACUCAAUGUAACCAAAGUUUUACUUUUAAGCACGCAUUCAAUUGUCAUAUAAUGCGACACACCGGUGAGAAACCUUACACAUGCACUGAAUGUAAACAAGGUUUUACUCGUAAGGGGGCAUUGAAUGUUCAUAUGAGACGACAUACUGGAGAAAAACCUUACUCAUGCAAGGAAUGUAGUCGAAAUUUUUCUACUACGAGCUCGCUUAAUCGUCAUAUGGCUAAACAUACUGGUGAGAAACUCCACUCAUGCACUGAAUGUGAUCAAAGUUUUACUUUUAAGAACUCACUUAAUGUUCAUAUGAGGUGUCAUACUGGUGAAAAGCCAUACAAAUGCACUGAAUGUGUAGAAUGUUUUCCUCGUAAAGAAGCACUCGAUAUUCAUAUGAGGCAGCAUACAGAAGAAGAACCUUAUAAGAGCACUGACUGUAAUAAAACUUUCUUGGUUAAGAGCAAACGCGAACAACAUAUGAGGGAACAUUUUAUUUCAAAGCCGUACGCUUGUACUCAAUGUAACCAAAGUUUUACUGUUAAGCACGCAUUCAAUUGUCAUAUGAGACGACAUACCGGUGAAAAAUCUCAUAAAACUAAUAAAGAACUUAAACAGCAUAUCGGAAUUCAUGCAUGUGAAAACACGCAAAAAAAGAUGGCCCAGAAGCAUAAAUUCAAGUGCAAGGAGUGCACUGCCAUGUAUGCGACAGAGGAAGAACUUAAAAAUCAUUUUGAUGUUGGUUUUCAUAUAGAUGAAUAUCCCAGCAGCAGCCUUAGAGAAGCAAUCACGGAGAAAAUAUUAUCAGAAAAUGAAGUGCCUAAUUCAAUAGAAAAUAAAAGUAUAAAGAUGGAGUCGAAUAUUACAGGUGAUCAAACAUCAAUUGAAGAUGAAGUUGUUGUUGAGCAAUUUAUAAAAAAUGAAGUACCUGAAAUAAGUACAGAGGAAUUGUUAUUAGAAAACGAAGUAUAUACUAUUACAAUGUUAGAAAAUGAGAGUAUAAGAAUGAGGCCUGACCAAAUUCCGUUUAAAGAUUGCGUUACAAAACAACAACGUAUAACAGAAGAAGCAAUUGAAACAAGUACAAACCAAUUAUUAUUAGAACAUGAAGAAACCUCUAGACUUGAAAAAAUUAAUCUAAAAAUCGAACCAAAUUUUACUGUUCGUGAACCUAAACUUGAUGAUAUUACAGAUGAAGAAGAAUUUAUAAAAAAUGAAGUACAGUAUGACCUCGAUUCUCUACUUAAGCGCAGCAAAGAAUUCCUAUCCAAUAUGGAAUUUGGGCAGCAUAUUAGGAUUCAUUCAUAUAAAAGCAAAUGUGAAAAUGAGCUCGAAGAGAACAAAUUCAAAUGCAAAGAAUUCAAGGCGAUGUAUGCUACAGAGGAAGAACUUAAAACUCAUCAUUACAGUGGAUUUCAUAUACCUCAUAAUAAUGGUAUGUUACCAAUCAAGUAUGAAGAACAAACAUCUAUAGAAAAUGAUUUUAUAGUAAGAAGACGCAUGGAAGUUAAAGAAGAUGAAAGAACUGCAGAGCAAUUAUUAGAAAAUGAUAUCUGCACUGAUAUAACGAUAAAAAAUGAAACUAUAGAAACAGAGCCGGAAAAUAUUAUUGACGGGAGUGUGGCUGACGUCAUUACAAACGUCCAAACUACAUUUGAAGGUGGCGUUGCUGUACAACAAUUGGCAAAAAAAGUAAUCAAAGCAACAGUAACAGACAAUGAAUUAUCGGUUUUAAAUAUACCUACGGAAAAGCGUCAAUUAGCUUGUGAAUUUUGCGAAAAGAAAUUUUCCUAUUUAAGUGCACUGCAAUGUCAUCGCCGUUCCCAUACUGGUGAAAAGCCAUACACCUGCACUGAAUGUGAUAAAAGUUUUGCUGUUAAAAAAGGACUUGAUAAUCAUAUGAGGCGACAUACUGGCGAAAAACCGCACAUGUGCACUGAAUGUAAUAAAAGUUUUGCGGUUAAGCAAGUACUUAAUCUUCAUAUGAGACGACAUACUGGUGAAACCCCAUACACAUGCACUGAAUGUAACAAAAGUUUCUCUAUUAAGAGUACACUCAACCUACAUAUUAUGGGACAUACGGGUAAAAAACCUUACAAGUGCACUGAAUGCAAACAAUGUUUUGCUCGUAAGGAAGGGCUUAAUAUUCAUAUGAGACGUCAUACUGGUGAAAAACCCUAUACAUGCUCUGAAUGUGAUAAAAGUUUUACUGUUAAGCAAGCGCUCAAGCGGCAUAUGAGGCGACAUACUGGUGAAAAGCCCUACACAUGCUCUGAAUGCAAUCAAUGUUUUACUGCUAAUGAGUCUCUGUAUUAUCAUAUGAAGCGGCAUACAAAUGAGAAGUCCUAUUCGUGCACUGAAUGUAAACAAUACUUUGUUAGUAAGCAAGGACUUAAUAUUCAUAUGAUGCGACAUACGGGUGAAAAACCUUACGCAUGUACUGAAUGCAAACAACGUUUUACUCGUAAGGAAAGGCUCGAUAUUCAUAUGAGACGUCAUACUGGAGAGAAGCCCUACAAAUGCUGUGAAUGUGAUAAAGGUUUUGCUGUUAAUCAAGCACUUAAACGUCAUAUGAAGCGACAUACUGCUAAAAAACCAUAUUCAUGCACUGAAUGUAAUCAAAGUUUUACUACGAAACAGAUAUUUAAAGAUCAUAAGAAGGGACAUACUAUUGAUAAGCCUUACAAAUGCACUAUGUGUUCUAAAAGUUUUGGUGGUAAGAAGUCACUCAAUCUGCAUAUGAGGCGACAUACCAAUGAUAAGCCAGACGCUUGUAAUGAUUGUGGUCUACUUCAUACACGUCCAUUUAGCUAUGAUCAAUGUCAAAAAAAAUUGAAAUCCAAUAAGAAACUUAAGCAACAUAUGAGGAUUCAAUCAUCUGAAAGCAAAGAUAAAAAUGAAACCCAAGAGUAUAAUUUCGAAUGCAAAAAAUGUAAUGUGAAUUCUGCAACAGAGGAAGAGCUUAAAAUUCAUGACGACACAGCACUUCAUAUACAUAAAUAUUCUAACAGUAGAUUCCGAGAUAUUGAAAAAAGACAAAUUCACUGUAUGGUGUGUUACAAAGAAUUCGAUUCAGAUAAUGCCUUGAACUCUCACAUUCUUGAAAUGCAUAAAGAACAUCAGCAGACUUUUUGCAGUGCCCAAAAAUUAAAAGUUAAUAUUUCCAACUCAUUCCUAUCAAAAAUUUACAAAAUUGAUGACUACAACGAAAAUCAAAUUGAAAACGUUACUCCAUCGGAUGACAGUAUUAACUUAUCAGCAAAAUAUGAAGAAGAAACAUUGUUGGAAGUUUUUGUUGAUGAACAAAAUGACAUAAAAUAUGAAGGAAAUGAAUCACACAUAGAUAAAUUAUUAUUAAAUAAUGAAGUAUGCAAUACAUUUGAAAGUGAACAUAUUAAGAUAGAGCCGAAAGUUACUGAUGAACAAAUUAUCGAUGAUGGUGUUGUUAUACAACAAUUUAUAAAAGAAGAAAUAUCUGAAACAGGUGCAGAGCAAUUAUUAUUAGAAAACGAAAUGUAUACUAUUGUAACGGUAGAAAAUGAGAAUAUAAAAAUCAGACAGGAUCAUAUUUCCUUCAAAAAGGACCUUGCUGCGCAGGAACCUAUAAAAGAAGAAAUAACUGAAACAUCAACAAACCAAUUAUUAUUAGAAAAUGGAGACUAUCUACAUUAAGUAACAAGCGUCUAAAGAUGGGACUGUAAAUAAAAUUGUCAUUUAAAAAAUGAAAUGAGAAAAAAUGAGAAUAUAAAAAUCGUAUCGAAAACAUUAAAAGAUAGAAAACGUAAUAUAUAAUAUUCAAAUAAAAGUUUAGUUGCUGACUUUACAGAUAAAGUUUCGGAAGAUUAAUUUAUUACAAUUUUUUAUUGUGGGAUUCGCUAUUGGCGUAGUCCUUCACACUUAGCUCAGCUUCCCUUCUCUUGUUAUACUUGAUCCAGAGAUUAUUAUUCUAGUUGCAAAACGUAUUAGUAGGAGUAAGAAAAUUCAUGUCGUACAGUUCUUGAAAAUAUGCUUACUGUUAAUCCUCGUUUGUUAAAUAAAUGUGAAAGUUCACUGGAAAUAUGAUGCAAAAUU